AUGUCUCUGCCCCAUACUGAAGCCGCUGUGCCUCAGCAACCCAUUGUCCACGACGUCUUCGAAACCAAGACCGGUACAUUGCAGUACGUGGUUGCAGAUCCAGCCACAAAGGCAGCGGUCAUCAUCGACCCCGUGUUGGAUUAUGAUCCGGCCACCCAGGCCCUCACCACCCAGAGCGCCGACACUCUGCUUGCGUUGAUCAAGGACAAAGGCUACACUGUCGACAUGAUUCUCGAAACACACGCACAUGCGGACCAUCUUACUGCAUCAUCGUAUCUCCAGCAUCGCUUGGCCCAGGAGCAAGAUCGAAUUCCCAUCGUUGGGAUAGGAAAGCGUAUCGGCCGGGUACAGAAAUUGUUUGCAAACAGAUAUGGAGUGCCCCCGGAAGAAUACGAAGGUCUAUUCAAUAAGUUAUUCGAGGACGAUGAGACAUUCAACAUUGGAAACUUGAGUGCAACGGCCCUGCACCUCCCAGGUCAUACUCCGGACCACCUUGGGUACAAGAUCGGAGAUAAUGUAUUCUGCGGCGACUCCAUCUUCCACGCAGACAUAGGCACCGCACGCUGCGAUUUUCCCGGCGGCAGCGCCAGGGAUCUCUUCCAAUCGGGCCGGAGGCUGCUCUCCUUACCAGACCACGUCAAGAUCUGGACCGGCCACGACUAUCCGCCCGCGGGGCGCGAUGCUCCUGUGCCUUGGAUGACGGUCGAGCAGCACCGGCAACGCAAUAAGCACUUGAAGGACGGCACCACCGAGGAGGACUUUGUGGCCAUGCGGAACGAACGGGACGCGGGGCUGGCGGCGCCCAGGCUGAUACACCAGUCCCUGCAGAUGAAUAUCCGGGCUGGCAACCUUCCCAAGCCGACGGAUGCUGGACUGCGAUUGUUGCACCUCCCGCUGAAGCCGAAGAGCUUGGAGUGGUGA